AUGCAUUUGGUCUAUCUGCUCCUCAAAUUUUCGGCCUUGUUGGAACUUGAAUACGCGGUCCGCAAUGACCAAACAGGGAUUAAGUCGCGUCGUGCUUCGACCCUCAGGAUCCACGAACCUGGGCUUCUUGACUCACACUACUGGGCCGGUUCUGAGCAGCACUCGCAGAGGGUUGGAGCAGAAGAAGUCCGGGUGGAGCUCCAAUAUGUCUCUCUCAACUUCAAAGACAUCAUGGUCGCAAUGGGCCAACUGGGCGGAUACACAGCCAUGCUACUGCAAGGUAGCGGGAAAGUUGUUGAGCUUGGUCAAGCACUCCACGAUCAGUAUGCUGUCGGCAAUUCAGUCUACGUAACCCAUUGGGACGGCCUCACAAUGACAAGCGUCAUUGUCCCGUGGAAUGUUCGUCAUUUCCCCAAGACGAUACCGAUAGAAGUUGCCACCGCCAUUCCCACUGCAUAUACGACAGUGUUGUAUUCGCUGAGGAAUGUUGCGAAUCUCCAAGAGGGAGAGACUAGUCUAAUUCAUUCUGGAGCUGGAGCAGUGGGCCAAGCUGCUAUUUCCAUAGCUCAAUAUCUCAAAGCCGGCGCGAUCUUCGUCACAGUAGGCAACGCGAAGAAGAGAACGCUAGUGAGAGAACAAUUUCAGAUCCCAAACGAGAACAUAUUCUCGAGCCCCGACCUCGGCUUCUUCGAUCAGAUUCUUCGUCAGACGAAGUAUCAUGGUGUCAACGUCGUUCUCAACUCACUCAGCGAGGAUGUUUUACAAAGGAGCUGCUCUCUCCUUGCGCCGUUCGGACGGUUUGUCGAGAUUGGAAAGAAAGAUAUAAUCUCCAAUGCGAGGCUCAAAAUAGGAUGUUUGGAAAGGAGCGCCUCUCUCAUUACCGUUGAUUUGACGCUGCUUGCGAAGAGGAAGCCGGCUUUCCACCAAGAACUCUACCGCAGUGUCUUCGACCUGGCCAAUAAGCAGAAGAUCAAAGUCCUGAGUCCUCUAACAAUUAACGGUCUCUCAGAGCUAGAGGCUUCAUUUAGGAUGAUGCAGGCUGGUAUACAUAUGGGGAGACUGCUGCUCAACCUGGACCCUGAGAUGACCUUUCCUGUCCAACCCCAAAAGCCACCGGCUCCUAAGUUGAAAGGGGAUUGCUCCUACCUGGAGAUGGGCGGUACUGGCGGCCCUGGAGGACUUAUUAUCAAGCACCUUGCGAGUCUCGGGGCAAAACACAUCGUAACCCUGUCUCGAUCUGGUCCUCACGGCAGUGUUACGGACACUGUCGCAUUCGAGACGAUUAAGGAUCAGGCCAGAGAAUUUCCGAUCAGAGGCAUCAUCCAAGGAGCAAUGGUGCUCCAGUGGCAGGCUGCAAUGGAAUCGAAAGUUAUGGGAACGACGAAUUUGCACCAAGUGUUCGGCGACACUCUAGAUGUUUUCAUCUUCCUUUCGAGCCUUGCUGGGACCAUUGCAUCUUAUACCCAGGGUAAUUACUGUGUUGGAAACACUUUCCAGGACCCUCUCGCUCGCCAUAGAGCGUCUCUUGGUCUGCCAGCGCGGUCUAUCGAUGUUGGCGCGGUGGAAGGAGAUGGCCACACAGCUGAGAACCAAGAUGCCAUUGACUUUGUCAUUCUCCAAGGACGGCAGUCCUAUCAGGCCGAGGGGUUUCUGGCCACAGUCAACGAGGCGAUAUAG